UCAGGGCGGUCCGGCGCUCGGUUCCCGGAAGCCGCCGCCUGCCGAGGCUCCCGCCGAGCGGACCAGCACGCCUGCACGGAGCUCCAGCAUCCUCCGCCGGGGAAGCCGCGCGUAUCCACAGCCCGGGCGAGAUGCUGCCGGUGCACCCCGAGGUGAAACCCAACCCGCUGCAGGACGCCAACCUCUGCUCGCGCCUGUUCUUUUGGUGGCUCAACCCCUUGUUUAAAACCGGCCAUACGCGGAGGUUGGAGGAAGAUGACAUGUACUCGGUGCUUCCAGAAGACCGCUCAAAGCACCUCGGAGAGGAGCUGCAAGGGUACUGGGAUAAAGAACUUCUGAGAGCCAAGAAGGACGCACGGAAGCCUUCCUUAACCAGGGCGAUCAUAAGGUGUUACUGGAAAUCUUACCUGGUUCUGGGAAUUUUUACGUUAAUAGAGGAAAGCACCAGAGUCGUCCAGCCCAUAUUCCUAGGGAAAAUCAUUGAGUACUUUGAGGCGUAUGACCCCGACAACUCGGCGGCCCUGCACGCAGCCUACGCCUACGCGGCGGUGCUGUCGGUAUGCACGCUCAUCCUGGCCAUCCUGCACCACUUGUACUUUUACCACGUGCAGUGCACGGGGAUGAAGCUGAGGGUCGCCAUGUGCCACAUGAUUUACCGGAAGGCACUUCGCUUAAGUAACACAGCCAUGGGGAAGACAACCACGGGCCAGAUCGUCAACCUGCUGUCCAACGAUGUCAACAAAUUUGAUCAAGUGACGAUCUUCUUGCACUUUCUGUGGGCGGGGCCCCUGCAGGCCAUUGCGGUGACCAUCCUGCUCUGGGUGGAGAUAGGCAUCUCCUGCCUGGCCGGCAUGGCUGUCCUGGUUAUCCUUCUGCCUCUGCAAAGCUGUAUCGGGAAGCUCUUCUCGUCACUGCGGAGUAAGACGGCGGCCAUCACGGACGCCAGGAUCAGGACCAUGAAUGAAGUCAUCACGGGCAUGCGGAUAAUAAAGAUGUACGCGUGGGAGACGUCAUUUGGUGACCUCAUUACCAAUCUGAGGAGGAAGGAAAUUUCCAAGAUUCUGGGCAGCUCCUACCUCAGAGGGAUGAACAUGGCAUCCUUUUUCAUCGCAAACAAAGUCAUCCUGUUCGUGACCUUCACAACUUACGUGUUGCUGGGCAAUCGGAUUACAGCCAGCCACGUGUUUGUGGCGAUGACUCUGUAUGGCGCUGUUCGGUUGACGGUCACCCUCUUCUUCCCCUCAGCCAUUGAGAAAGUGUCAGAGACGGUCAUCAGCAUUCGGAGGAUCAAGAAUUUUCUGUUACUUGAUGAGCUGCCCCAGCGCAAAGCCCAGGAACCAUGUGAUGGUAAAGCCAUAGUGCACGUGCAAGAUUUCACCGCCUUCUGGGACAAGGCAUUAGACACUCCAACCCUGCAAGGCCUUUCCUUCACUGCCCGGCCUGGGGAGUUGUUGGCUGUGGUCGGCCCCGUGGGAGCAGGCAAGUCCUCACUGUUGAGCGCAGUGCUGGGUGAGCUGCCUCCGGCCAGUGGGCUCGUCAGCGUGCAUGGGAGAAUCGCCUACGUUUCCCAGCAGCCCUGGGUCUUCUCGGGAACCGUGAGGAGCAAUAUUUUAUUUGGGAAGAAAUAUGAGAAGGAACGCUACGAGAAAGUGAUCAAGGCCUGCGCUUUGAAAAAGGACUUACAGCUCUUGGAGGAUGGGGAUCUGACCGUGAUAGGAGACCGGGGAGCCACGCUCAGCGGAGGGCAGAAAGCUCGGGUGAACUUGGCACGGGCCGUCUACCAAGAUGCCGACAUCUACCUCCUUGACGACCCGCUCAGCGCUGUGGAUGCGGAAGUGGGCAAACACCUGUUCCAGCUGUGCAUCUGCCAGACCCUGCACGAGAAGGUCACCAUCUUAGUGACACACCAGCUGCAGUACCUAAAAGCCGCCAGCCACAUCCUGAUACUGAAAGACGGUCAGGUGGUGCAGAAGGGGACUUACACCGAGUUUCUGAAAUCUGGCGUGGAUUUCGGCUCCCUUCUGAAGACGGAGAACGAGGAAGGGGAGCACUCCUCAGCCUCAGGGACCCCAACUCUCAGGAAACGAACUUUCUCUGAGUCCUCAAUUUGGUCCCAGCAGUCGUCCAGGCCCUCUUUGAAAGACGGGGCCCCAGAGGGCCAAGAUACUGAAGAUACGCAGGCAGCACAGCCGGAGGAGAGCCGCUCCGAAGGGAAGGUCGGCUUCAAGGCCUACAAGAAUUACUUCACUGCCGGCGCGUCUUGGUUUUUCAUCGUUUUCCUCAUCCUGCUGAACAUGGCAGCUCAGGUUUGCUAUGUUCUUCAGGACUGGUGGCUUUCCUACUGGGCGAACAAACAAGGAGCUCUGAAUAACACGGAAAAUUUGAAUGGAAAUGUAACUGAGACCCUAGACCUUAACUGGUACUUAGGCAUUUACUCAGGUUUAACUGCCAUUACAGUCCUCUUUGGCAUAGCGAGGUCCCUGUUGGUGUUCUACGUUCUUGUGAAAGCUUCCCAGACGCUGCACAACAGGAUGUUUGAGUCGAUCCUGAAAGCUCCGGUCUUGUUCUUCGACAGAAAUCCAAUAGGAAGAAUUUUAAAUCGUUUCUCCAAAGACAUCGGACACAUGGAUGACUUGCUUCCCCUGACGUUUCUAGACUUCAUCCAGACUCUGUUACUCGUAGUCAGCGUGAUAGCUGUGGCGGCUGCAGUGAUUCCUUGGAUUAUAAUACCCUUGGUCCCGCUCGCCAUCAUCUUCUUGGUUCUGCGGAGAUAUUUCUUAGAAACGUCGAGGGAUGUCAAGCGCCUGGAGUCCACAACUCGGAGUCCAGUGUUCUCCCACUUGUCCUCCUCCCUUCAGGGGCUCUGGACCAUACGGGCGUACAAAGCGGAGGACAGGUUCCAGGAGCUGUUUGACGCACACCAGGACUUGCACUCAGAGGCUUGGUUCUUGUUCCUGACGACGUCGAGAUGGUUCGCCGUGCGUCUGGAUGCCAUCUGUGCCAUCUUUGUCAUCGUCGUUGCCUUUGGGUCCCUGGUUCUGGCAAAAACGUUGGAUGCUGGGCAAGUUGGCCUGGCCUUAUCCUACGCCCUCACGCUCAUGGGGAUGUUCCAGUGGUCUGUGCGACAGAGUGCCGAAGUGGAGAAUAUGAUGAUUUCUGUGGAGAGGGUGAUUGAAUACACAAACCUAGAAAAGGAAGCCCCUUGGGAGUACCAGAAACGCCCACCCCCAGGCUGGCCCCAGGAAGGGGUGAUUGUGUUUGACAACAUGAACUUCACCUACAGCUUGGACGGCCCUCUGGUACUCAAGCACCUGACGGCGCUCAUCAAAUCCAGAGAAAAGGUUGGAAUUGUGGGGCGAACAGGGGCUGGAAAGAGUUCCCUCAUCUCGGCCCUCUUCAGAUUGUCAGAGCCUGAGGGGAAAAUCUGGAUCGACAAGAUCUUGACAACUGAAAUUGGACUCCAUGAUUUAAGGAAGAAAAUGUCAAUCAUACCUCAGGAACCUGUUCUGUUCACUGGAACAAUGCGGAAAAACCUGGACCCCUUCAAUGAGCACACGGAUGAGGAGCUGUGGAACGCCUUGGAAGAGGUGCAGCUUAAAGAGGCCGUUGAAGACCUCCCUGGCAAAAUGGAUACUGAGCUAGCGGAAUCCGGAUCCAAUUUUAGUGUUGGACAGAGACAACUAGUGUGCCUUGCGAGGGCGAUUCUAAAGAAGAACCGGAUAUUGAUCAUCGAUGAGGCAACAGCCAACGUGGACCCACGAACUGAUGAGUUAAUACAACAGAAGAUCCGGGAGAAGUUCGCCCAGUGUACGGUGCUCACAAUUGCGCACAGACUGAACACCAUCAUUGACAGCGACAGGAUAAUGGUUCUGGAUUCCGGAAGACUGAAGGAAUAUGAUGAGCCAUAUGUUUUGCUGCAGAACCCAGAGAGCCUCUUUUACAAGAUGGUUCAGCAGCUGGGCAAGGGAGAAGCCGCUGCCCUCACCGAGACAGCAAAACAGGUGUACUUCAGAAGGAAUUAUCCAGAUAUAGCGUUCACCAGCCCUGUGGCUGCAAACGCCUCCAAUGGACAGCCCUCAGCCUUAACGAUUUUUGAAACAGCCUUGUGACUACCAAGACACGGAGUCCUGCUCCGGAGGCGCCCGGCCCCCGCCCCCACGCCUCAGGGGGCCGCACUUUGCACACUACAGCACACUUGGUUUUCACUCUGCAACAAAUCCUUCGUGUUAUGAGAUACUGGUGUCUUUGGAUGUCUCCCUCCGUCUUUACUCACCGAUUUCGGGUCCCAACGAAGUGGCCCGUGGUUUUAUUUAAAUGUUCCAGCUGUUCCGGUUUUGAGGUGCCGGCCGUCGACAACAGCUGUCUACCAGGUUUUGUGCCUUAAAAGACUCUUAAGGGCCAAAGCCCAUUUGCUGUGUGGGCUGUCGCACGCAGCUUGUUUUUUGUUUUUUUGGUUUUUUCCUGUUGCCUUUGAAAGUGCACUUUCCAGUUAUAUCAGGGACUCUGUUUACUUGAAGACCGUGUGGCCCUGUGACGCCGCCAGCUGGCUCUCCACUUCCUUUGGCGUAGCUAGGACCCGUUAACUCUCCCCGGAAGUCCCCUGACUGAAAUAGCACAGUUUGAAAUUAGCAAGGAUAAGAAAACACAUGUACACAGUGUAAGUGACAUUGCAAAACAGAGAGGCUACCCUGCCACUCCCCCACACACAAAGAAAUAUGGCUAAAGUACAGGACAUUUAUGUGGGAAAACAAAGCUUUCCUUUCUCAGUGGGAGGCCCUGGUAGGUGGGCUUGAGGAAGGGUCUGCAAGUGUCCCUUCCCAUUUACGUCUGUGUGAGCUAGUGUGGACUGCUCUUGGGCAGGCGGGGUCUACACUGUGCCGCUUUCCCUGGGAUGGCGGACUCUCAAUUGGGGGGUGUCGGUCUCAUUGGCUUCUGCUUUACAGAAGGUAACCCCCCUAUGGGCAGUGAGCCUUUCAUGGAAUCCUUUCAAAUCGACGUGAAAACCCCGAAGGUGGUUGCAGACAUCGCCCGUAAUCACGUGUUACAUUCUCGGGGUGCGUUGAGAAGCUUCACUUUCAAGAACCGCCCCCCUCCCCAAUCAGUUUACUUCUGACCACUAAUGUCAGGUCUUGGGGACCUUCUGAUCAGUGGAUCAGCAGCCACAACGCUUCCUAGGACCUGCUGCGCUUCCUGUAGCCACGGGUCUUAAGUUUUCCUGGCUGGUGGCAGCCAUGGUGUGUGCAGAGUUCAGGUUUCUGAGGGUUUCACUGUCACGAUUUAAAGUGAACCCUCCAUGAUCUGUCACAGUAAGCCACCCUGGAGUUACAUAUGUUAAUAUAUAGGCACACUCACUUAGGGUCACGUGUGUGCGUGUCUAUAUAUAAAUACAUACAUAUAUAUAUGCAUAUAUAUAUGUAUCGGGUUUCUAGACUAGAUAACAGAACAAAGCCUGUUUUAUAAAACGGAACCUCAAAAACCACGCACAAGCAAGACACAUGGGGUGUAGUGGCUGUUUGACUCUUGGUAUUCAGAAGUCUGCAAUUAAUGUAAUGAUGUUUAGUCCAGUAAGUGAUGUUCACUAGUAGUCCUGGUUAGUAUUCGAAGAGACGGAGAUGCAACAAUGGCAAUAGUAAGGUCUGUUUGAAUAUUUAGAAAUGUUCUAGACAUAUAUAUAAGGUUAUUCGGUCUCUAGAAAUUAAAGGCAAGUCAUCUAAACAUGUUUCUGUUUCAUUUCUGUUUUGAUGCCAUCACAGGACAAACCAAAGCCAACUGAAAUAAAUGACAGUUUUCAUCUCCA